UUCAAACAUCAAUAGAUAAUAACACAAAAAAACAGAGCCACACCCACCUAUCCAUCCAGUCCCAUGGCCACCAUAUUCUCACCGUCAGCCCUCUUCUCCUCCACCACUACAACCCCUACAAAACCACCUCAAACUCCACCUUCAACCAAACCCCACCUCCCUAUCCCACCUUCCAAUUCCAAAUCACCCUUAACUACCACCUUAACAACCACUUUAACUGCCACAGUCCUUGCCACCACAAUUUUAACUUCCUCUCCUCCUUCACUAGCUGACACUCCAACCUACCAGCUCUACUAUGGCACUGCUGCUAGUGCUGCUAACUAUGGUGGCUAUGGUGGCAACUCAAGCAAGAAAGACUCAGCUGAGUACAUCUAUGAAGUCCCAGAUGGUUGGAAAGAACGCUUAGUUUCAAAGGUUGAGAAGGGUACCAAUGGAACUGACAGUGAGUUCUACAACCCAAAGAAAAAGUCAGAGAAAGAGUACCUCACUUUCCUUGCUGGGUUUAAACAGCUAGCUCCUAAGGAUGCGGUUUUGAACAACUUGGCAUUGUCAGACGUAUACUUGCAGGACUUGAUAGCCAGUGCCGACAGUGUGACAUCUGAGGAGAGGAAGGAUGAGAAUGGACAAGUUUAUUAUGUGUAUGAGAUUGAUGGGGUUGGUGCACAUGGUUUAAUUUCUGUGACUUGUGCCAACAAUAAGCUUUAUGCUCAUUUUGUUAAUGCUCCUACACCAGAGUGGAAUAAGGACAAAGACAUGUUGAGGCAUGUUCACGAGUCUUUCAAGACUGUUAGGUCGUUUUAGGUUACUUUGUGGGAUUGUUAAUAAAGGGGAGAGAAAGGUUUUGGGUGUUGUGUAUGAACUUGAUACUAAUUCAAAUUAUAAAUAUUUUUCUUUUAAACUUUCA